GGCGGGGAAAUAGUUCAAUUUUUUCUAUUAUUCAUUAUUCGUUCUUGUUAAAAAAUAACAUAAGUACACUCUGCGUAUGUUCAAUAGACAAGAUUUCAAUCGAAUUGGGGCGGAAAUCGAAUUAAUAAUGUCUAUGGUUUGAAUGAAACACGUCAUUGAAAACUGAAUAGAUUUUGAAAACAUGUUUCUAGUUCUAGAGAGCUGCUAAUAGGAAAAGCUAGAAAUGUGAUAGGUAGAAUUAGAUAUCAAGGUAUUUUCAAAGGUAAGAUGAUUAAAGUAGUGUUUAAACAAAUGAGCCAAUGAUGGAUUGCGAUCAAAUAUUUCCCUGUGAACAAAGUACUGAUUAUAAAAUCGGACACAGAAAUAUACUACAAGGCACUGAGACUAACAAAGACAUCAACUACACUAAUGGUCUUUGCAACUCUCUAUUUAUGAGCUACUGUCAAGAUUUUUUGGAAUCUACUGAAAUCAAUCGAACAAAUCCAGAACUUCUUCAUUUUUUAAGAUUUCUUUAUAGAGAAGGAGUCGAAAAUAAUCUCAGAAUAAAUAGUUCUGACAAUCAAGUGCAAAAUGAACUGGGAGAACACAUUGCCAAUUUUUUACAAGAUAUAAAACGGGGAAAAGAUGCUAAAGAUUUGCAUUCUUCUAUCUAUCUUUUCCUUGCGUGCUUGCUAGAAAAGUAUCUCAAAGUGGGUAAUGCAACAGAACCAAAAUGUUCACAAUACAAAAGUGAUCAAUCUUUCUGCAUUGAUUAUAACAAAAUCAAUGAUGUAUCAAACCUUGACCAGAACAAUCACAGAAUUAUUUGCGUUCCAACACUAAGAAUUUUAAGAGAUGAAUUCAAGCGUGUAAUGGAUGAAAAUAUUUCUCUUUGUACAGAGAAUCACAUGCUCAGAAACGAAAUUAAGCAGCAAAAGCACACAUCUCUGUGUGAAUGUAAUAAAAUAUUACAAGCCAUCAUUAGGUAUUGUGAAGAGCAAACGAAAAGCAGCUGUUGGUGUCAAUCAUGUGCAGAUGACAUCCAUGCUAUUCACUGCACUUUAUUAAUGGAGCCCAGCGACUGGUAGAAAUGUGUAACCUAUCUUGGCUACGCUCUUGGAAUUUGGUGAUUGUAGUUUGCUUUAGAUUUUAUAUCAAAUGGGGAAGUUUUAUAGUCAAAACCAUCUGUGGUUUUUUUUUAAAUAAACAAACUCAAACCCUCGUAGCUACGCUCGUAGAAUUAGGUGGCUGUAGUUUGCUUUAGAAUAAUAUUGAAUAGGGGGUUUAACCUCAGAACUAUCUGUAGGGGGAUUUUAAACUCAAAACGAUCUGAAGGAGUUUUAAACUGAAAGCCCACUGGAGGAGGGAUUUAAACUCAACCCCCCCCCUACGCUAAAUGAAUUCUGAGUGAGUAAUUUGCUUAUUUUUUAUAUUGAAGAGUUGGUUUUUAGGUUCCGCUGGAGUGGGGGUUUAAAACUUUGGAGGGGGUUUGAAAUACAAAACCCCUCUUGGCUACGCUCAUAGAAUCUGGUGACUGAUGUAUGCUUUAGUCUUAUACUGAAGAGGGGGUUUCAUUGUAAGAAAAGUUUUGGAGGGGGUUUUUAAAUCAAAAUCCCCCUUGGCUAUGCUCUUGAAAUUUGGAGAUUUUCGUUUGCCUUAUUUUUUUUUGUUUUAUAUAA